GACGUAUAUUAUGACCGGCACUUUAUUCAUCAAUUCAUGUGAUCCACGUGCGGUCUCGAUUUUCGCUUUUUUGAACCUCGAGUAUUUUUCGCGAUUUGAUAUUAAUAUUGUCCAACCAACAUUGAAUAAUGAAAAAAUCAACCAAACGUAAAAUACCCGAAGAUGAAGUUGUCAAAACAAGUUCGGAAGAAGAAGAAGAAGACGACCACGAUGAAGAAUAUGAAACCGAUGAAGACGAAGAAGACGAUAGCGAUGAUAAUAUUGACGAUGAUGAAUCGUUAUCAGGUGAAAUUGAAGACGUAAAAAAUAAUAUAACCCUUCAGGAUAUUAGUGAUGAUGAGGGGGUUGAAUUCUCCAGUUCUGAUGAGAAAGAAGACAUAUUUACUAAAAUAUCGCCAGAAAAUGGUGAAGAAGCUGAUCCUGCUUUGAAAAAUAAGCAUGAUGUAAAAAGUAUUCGAAACGAUACCGAACCAAUGUUUACCGGACAAAAUAAGGCCGAAAUUGAUGAAUAUGAAUACGAUUCAUCUGAUGAAGAGGAUGUUCUCAAUACUAUCGGAAAUAUUCCGUACGAAUGGUAUAAAGAUUAUGUUCAUAUUGGCUAUGAUGUUGAUGGACGUAAGAUUAUCAAACCUAAAAAUGAUGAUAAAGUUCAGGAAUUUUUGAAUCAAAUUGAUGAUCCGAAUUAUUGGCGUACCGUUAAAGAUAAUCUUACUGGACAAAAAGUAGUGCUCAGUGAUCAGGAUGUUAAUCUUGUUAAACGAAUUCGAAAUGCUAAAUGUCCCGAUCCGACAUAUAACCCAUAUGAAUCGUUUAUAGAUUUUUUCACGUAUGAAAAACAGAUUCAUCCCGUUACAAAUCGUCCAGAGCCAAAAGCAGCUUUUAUUCCAUCAUUAUCAGAAAAAAGAUUGGUCAGCAAAUUAGUAUCAGCCAUUAAAAAAGCUCGAUUCAAACCAAAACCGAUUAUUAAGAAACCGAAACCAUUCGAAUUUAAUUAUGAUCUUUGGGAAAAAGAAGGCAAAAACCCAAGAUUAGAUCGAUAUAUCCCAGCACCUAAGCCAAAACCACCUGGUCACGAAGAAUCUUACAAUCCUCCCCCUGAAUAUUUAUUCACUGAAGAAGAAGAAAAAGAUUGGCUAGAACAAGAUCCUGAAGAUCGUAAAAUUAAUUUUAUACCUCGCAAUUAUAAUUCAUUGCGUCAAGUACCAGCUUAUCCUGAUUUUAUCAAAGAAAGAUUUGAACGAUCACUAGAUCUUUAUCUUUGUCCUCGUGUGCGAAAGAACCGUAUUCGAGUUAAUCCAGAAGAUCUUAUACCAGAAUUGCCUAAGCCAUCAGAUUUGCAACCUUUUCCAUCCAUACAAUCAAUGGUAUAUAAUGGACAUGAGGCAAAUAUCGUUUGCAUUACUGUCGAGCAAUCAAGCCAAUAUAUGGCUUCUGGUGAUAAAGCUGGUGUCGUUAAAAUAUGGGAAAUACUAACUGGUCGAUGCUUCAAGACACUCGAUUUUCCCGGACCUAUCAGCAAUAUAUCGUGGUUUCCGAUUGCAAACAAAUCGAUUGUGACCAUUGUCGUGGAAAAUAUUGUUUACAUUAUCAAUAUUGGUUUAGGUCAACGACAAAUAGUACAACAAACCGAUCAAUAUUUUGAAAAUUUAAAUCCAGAAACUAAUGAUGAUGACGAUGGGCCAAUUGUUGAAGAAGAAUCACAGACACCUAAAAAGAAAGAAAAUCCAGUCUGCCAUUGGAAACGCAUUCACCCAGAAAAUGAUGCUGAAGAUUGGCGUAAAGGCAUACGUUUAAUGAUUAUACAUGAUUUCGAAAUUAAACAAUUGACAUGGCAUGCAGCAGGCGAAUAUUUUUCUACAAUAAUGCCUCAAGCUGCCAAUAGGUCGAUUGUAAUUCAUCAUCUUUCUCGAAUGAAAUCACAGGUUCCAUUCAAGAAAAUAAAAGAUAUUAUUCAAUAUGUGAAAUUCCAUCCCACCAAAGCAUACUUUUUCGUCGCAACUAAACGAACUAUUCGAAUCUAUGAUCUGAUCAAGCAACAAAUGACAAAGAAAUUAUUAGCCAAUUGUAAUGAAAUAUCUAGCAUGGCUAUUCAUCCUGGCGGUGAUAAUAUUAUCAUUAGCAGUAUGGAUCCACGUGUUCAAUGGUUCGAUUUGGAUCUUUCGGAUAAACCAUAUAAAACAAUGCGUUAUCACAAAAAAGCUGUUCGAUGUGUUGAUUUCCAUCGUAAAUAUCCAUUGUUUGCAUCAUCUUCGGAUGAUGGAACAGUUGUAAUAUGUCAUGGAAUGGUUUAUAAUGAUCUUUUACAGAACGCUCUAAUUGUUCCUGUGAAAGUAUUGAAAGCUCAAAAUGUCAAAAAACACACAGAAAUAUUGCAAUGUUUAUUUCAUCCAAAUCGACCAUGGUUAUUUGCCAUCUCAUCCAAUACAGUACGUUUAUUCACAUAAUAGACCUUAAUCCUUUGUGAGAAUGAAAAGAAUUCAAAGUGUA